GCUAUCAAAUUUCAAGACUCGCAAUUCCAGUGAGGCAAGUGACCACAAAAUGCUGAAUACAAGCCUGAGGCUUUGCCAUUUCCUGGCACCAAGAUCGCUAGUGUUGUUCUAAGAAAAUGGAGUCUGGAGCUUGCCAGCUGCUGCUAGACAAAGUUCCCUAGGCGCUGGAGCCGCCCAAUAGGGGCGCUGUCUGGAACGUGGCUGAGCCAAUAUCUGUUUUACACGCGUUUUUGCUGUGUUCCGGGGAUUACAAGUCGGUCCCCGUCGCCCCCGCCAUGGGCCUGGAGCUGUACCUGGAUCUCCUCUCCCAACCCUGCCGCGCUGUCUACAUCUUCGCCAAGAAGAACGGCAUCCCCUUCCAGCUGCGUACGGUGGAGCUGCUCAAGGGCCAGCACCUCAGUGAUGCCUUUGCCCAGGUGAACCCCCUGAAGAAGGUACCAACUUUGAAGGAUGGGAACUUCAUCUUGACUGAGAGUGUGGCCAUCCUGCUCUAUCUGACACACAAGUACAAGGUCCCCGACUACUGGUACCCUCAGGACCUGCAAGUCCGAGCCUGCGUGGAUGAGUACCUGGCAUGGCAGCACACAACCCUGCGGAGAAAUUGCCUGCGGGCCCUGUGGCAUAAGGUAAUGUUCCCUGUUUUCCUGGGUGAGCAAGUGUCUCCCAAGAUGCUGACAGCCACAUUGACUGAAUUGGAUGUGACCCUGCAGUUGCUUGAAGACAAGUUCCUCCAGAACAAGGACUUUCUUGUUGGGCCCCACAUCUCCCUGGCUGAUCUGGUAGCCAUCACUGAACUCAUGCAUCCGGUGGGUGCUGGCUGCCAGGUCUUCGAAAGUCGACCCAAGCUGGCUGCAUGGUGCCAGCGUGUAAAGGCUGCAGUGGGGAAGGACCUCUUCCAGGAGGCCCAUGAGGUCAUUCUAAAGGUCAAGGACUCUCCCCCUGCAGACCCCACCAUAAAGCAAAAGCUGAUGCCUAGAGUGCUGGCCAUGAUCCAGUGAACUUGGAGGCCCCACCCCAGCACUGUGAACACAUUGGCAGUUCACAAAGCACCUUCAUUUCCAAUACGCUGUGGGAAGCAGGCCCAGAGAGCAAGAGUUACUUACCCUGAUCCUACUGCCAGAGCUCCAUCCCAGUCAUGAUAAGUACACAAACCCAGACCUUUAAUCCCUGCAUUUUGUUUUAAGUUUCAAUAAUAAACCUGGGCUCAGCCUUA